UAACACAGGGAUUUCGAGUCUGCGUUCGCGCGUGGCUCGGCAUUUAUAGAAAAGGCGUACGCACGGUGGUAUCGUCCGAAAGGCUCGGAGGAUUCGAGUCAUCUCGCACGUCUUCAGUGGCACGUUGCACAAAUGUUGAAUCGAAACGGAGGAUCGAAAAUUCCCGAAAUAAACGUUUUACCUGUCAGCUCUCAAUCAACGAAAAUCAGAUCAAUGAUCAGUAGAAAAAUCGCGAUUAGAAAAAAUUAAUCUUAUCACCUAAUUGAAAUGAAGUGCGCAAUGUGAUAAGUGAUUUACAAAACGUGUCACAGUUUUUAAUGAUUAAAUUAUCAAACUGAAUCGUGUGAAUUCAAAUUGUGAAGUAGUACAUUUAUAUAUUAUUCGACUUACGAAAUCGUUUUUUUAACAGUGAGUGACCAGAGGAAAUCAUGACUGGAAAAAAUAAUUCCAAAGAAAGCAAAGGCAUCAUGUUGCCAGCACGGUACUUGAUGGCAGCGAUGGGUUCUAUUGGACUGGCAAUAAUUUAUGGUUUCAAGGUAAACGUAAGUGUGGCGAUAGUGGCUAUGGUAAACCACACUGCUGUGAGGCUAUCGGCGUUGGAUAAAAAUGAGUCCGAAUUUGCAACUUUACUUACGGUGGACGAAUGUCCGCACGAAGGUGGAUCCCUUAAUAUGACAAAAGGUGUUGUCGAGGAUGGUCCAUUUGUGUGGAACGAACCACUGCAAGGUCUGAUUUUAUCCUCGUAUUUUUGGGGGUACAUGGUAUCACUGCUUCCGGGUGGCAGGAUGGCCGAACUGUUGUCCGCCAAAUGGGUAAUGAAUGGAUCGGUACUUCUAAACGUUGUGGCAUCUAUAUUGUCACCUGUUGCUGCAAAGCUCCACUACUCUCUUUUCAUUGUGUGCAGAUUCUUGCAAGGGAUCGGCGGAGGUGUAACAUUUCCUGCUAUGCACGUUAUGAUUGCUAAAUGGUCUCCACCGAACGAAAGAAGUGUCCUCGCUUCAAUUGUUUAUGCAGGAACAGCACUUGGAACGGUAAUCUCCAUUUUAUUAACGGGAAUAUUAGCCGCAAAUUUGGAUUGGGUAUGGAUCUUUUACAUAGAAGGUGCUCUUUGUUUGAUUUGGUGUACUGCGUGGUGGAUCAUGGUCGAGGAUAGUCCCGAAGAACAAACCAGACUUAUUAGCCAACAGGAAAAGGACUAUAUCAUGGAAUCUUUGGGACAUGGAAAAAAUAGCAAUGAACGUAAAGAGAAAUUGUCAGUUCCAUGGAAGCAAGUGCUAACAUCGAAACCAUUCAUGGCAAUUUUAAUUGCUCACUUCUGCAGUAAUUUUGGCUGGUACAUGUUGCUCAUUGAAUUGCCCACUUUCAUGAAUCAGAUUUUAAAAUUCGACAUGAGUUCAAAUGCUACCCUCUCCUCUAUGCCAUUUUUAUGUAUGUGGAUCUUUACUAUGGUGCUCAGCAAAGUUCUCGCAAUCAUACAAGGAAAGAACUUGAUCACAGUUACAAUGUCAAGAAAAAUUGGAACAUGGUUCGCAUCCAUUGUUCCGAUGUUCUGCCUGAUAGGAGUUUCAUAUGUUGGCUGCAAUAGGGCUUUAGCAGUUGCAUUAAUGACUGUUGGAGUAACUUGCAUUGGAGGAAUGUACAGUGGAUUCUUAUCAAACCAUAUUGACAUUGCUCCAAAUUUUGCUGGUACACUCGUCGCGAUCACAAAUUGUGUUGCUACAAUACCUGGAUUUGUAGUUCCGAUAUUUGUUGGAACACUGACUCAAGGAAAUCAAACUAUAGGAGCAUGGAGAGUCAUAUUCUUCACGACUGUGGGAUUGUACAUAAUCGAGAUGUUAGUUUAUACUAUCUUCGGAAGUGGAGAAGAACAGCCUUGGAAUAGAACUAAACCAACUGAUGAAGAAACAAGCGAUCAGACAUUACCACUAAAAGAUGACAUUAAAAAGUAGAUUUUUGUUGGAUGUGUAUAAUAUUAUUCAAUUGUUUCGUUUCAUUUUUGACACACAUAAAGUUCAGUAUUACUUUUCCGGUUUUGUACUUACAUAGAUAAAUUUCACUUUAACAAUUAUUGUGUGAGAAAUGAAAAAUUGUUUAAAGAAAAGAUUAUCACUGAUAAUCUGUUUUUACAUGACAAGACUUAUAGAUUUACUAUACUCAAAUUUUACAAUUACUACUUUAAAUAUUACGUCAUUAAUUACGUACUUACAAUAUUAUGUACAUUUUAUACAAUUACUUUUGGAUGUUAUAUAAUUGCUCAUCGUAUUCGUUCUAUUUUACAAAAAUACAUAGGACCCCAAUUAUUACCAAGCGUGGGAACAGCGAUAUGACCGUAUCUCGUUCCUAUUUCUGCAAAUUCGUACACAUAUCGUAACGGAAAUAAAGCUUCUGUCAUGUCCCUAGAAAUGAGUAUAUCGCAUGAAAAACAAAUACAAAUAAUAUGAUUAAUAAAAUUGUUUUCUAAAAUAGAAAUGUAAUAUACACACUUUACAACCAUAAUAUGAUUAGUCUCUUCCCAGGCCUUUUUCAAUGCCACAUGCACAACACCGUCAUUUUGAACAGGACUUAGAGCACAUGUUGAAUAAACAACAAUACCUCCAACGCUCACUAAUUUUAAUGCAUUUCUAUAAAGAGAUUAAAUAUUACUGAUAAAAAUAAUACAAACUGUGCCCAGCUCCGUAUAUAUACAUAUACAUAAACUAACGUUAAAAUCUCAGAUUGUAGUUCUGGAAGGCGUAGUCUUUCCUUAAUCCUGGUAGAUUUAAAAAUAUUAUUCUCGAUAGAAUGCAACGAAUGUCUGUCCGUCGUGCACGGUACGUCAACUAGUAUCUAAAAUGUAUAAACGUGUAAAUACUUUAUCUUGAAGAAGUAUCGAAGAUUUAGUAAAUAUUAAUACCUUAUUAUACAGAUCUUUCUCAUCGAUUAAUCGAGCAUCGUUUUCUGUUACGAUAAUCAUUUUCUCCUUACCGGUAUUGAACAGAUACUGGGUUAUAACAGUACGUAUUUUAUUUGCUCGAGAUUCUGAUACAUCAUUAGCCACCAAUAGAUGUGGCAUAAGGGUCUGAACAAUAGCUAAGGAUUUACCCCCUGGUGCAGCACACAUAUCGAGAACAACAUCUCCCAAUUUGAUAUCAAGAGCUAAAACAGGCAGUAAGGAGGCACCAUCGAACAAAUAAUAAUCUAAAAAACACAAAUUUUAGAUGAUUCAUGUAACUAUUAAUAGGAGAUGAUUUCAGUUAAAUCUCAAAUAUAAACCUGAAACUCCAGUAGAUCCUCUUCUAGGAAAUAGAAAUGUCUCCUCGCUUCCUCUUUCAAAUGCAUAUGGGUGUAAGUGUUCUGGGAAUGAUAUAGUAGAUUCUUUAACAAUAUCUACUUUGAAUUCAGCUGCUUUGUUAUAAAAUGUAUAAUAUUCGGAUUGUAGCACAUAAUCGUCCAAACCUGUACAAUAAAUUUAUGUAAUUAA